AUGGGUUCUCAAAGGAGAAAGGAGAGGAAACCAUACUUUUCCAAUCAAGGUCAAGUUUAUGAGGAAAAGACCAGGAAGGAUAACCUGCUAAGAAUUCCCAUUAUGUAUGCUAGGAAGCUUCUGGCUAGUCUUGCUCAUACUCGGGCAGGCAUUCCUGAUGCAAUCGUGACGCUGGGAGCUGUGGAACACCUGUGUUAUCAACUUCAUUCAGUGGAGGAACAGGUCCGUACGGCUGCAGCUGUUGCCUUGGGUUACCUAACAUUUAAUCGCACUGCACAUCGCCACCUGCUGGUGCAAUGUAGGAAUACCCCUGGACUCUAUGAUCUUCUGACAGAGAACCUCAGUAAAGAUGCCAAAAUCUGUAAAGAUUUUACAGAUGAAUUUAAAAGACAGAAAAUUGUUGGCCUUCCUUCUCAAAGCUUGGUAAUAAACGGAGGUCCACCAGUGAUUCCUCAACAAAGAAAAGCCACAGCCAGAUCACGGAAAGAUGGGCACACUGCAUUUGAACUUCCACCAUUUGAUUUUCUUCGAUUAAAUGUUAACUCUGCACCUGCUUUCUUGGUUCAAAGCAGAACCGCGAAUUCUUCAAGCAGAUUAAAAUCUGCAGCAUUGUCUUUACCUGCACAGACUCCAAUUGUCACAAAGCAAACCAAACUCACAAGUAGCUCUGCUAAUCAGUUCAAGACUGAAAAAAAAAUGAAGAAAGAAGAUAAAGCUACUUAACUACCUUCAUGCACAACAGGCAUAAAAAGCAGUUAUAUCCACUCUGGCACUAGGAAACAAUACAGUACAUACUAAAACAAAUGCAGUGUACUGGAUGUAAUUAAAGUUGAAUAUAUCUGACUGUUAUGUACA